AUGGACCCAGCACAACUCACCCAGUAUAAAGCUGUUGAUGACACAAACGUGACCACACUGCCCAUCGAUGUAGAGUUUGACCAAGUCAGCCUCUUGUCUUGCGCCCAUCUUUGUUCAAGUUCCAACAAAACGUGCUACAGCUACAUCUACAACGAAGCCACACAACAUUGUAGCUUGGGUUCCUGGCUAGCCCCACUGAAAGCUUCACAGCAAAAAGUUCAGGGAAAAAUUUUCUCUAGUGGGAAAUUCUGUAACACAACCAGAAACAUCACGGUGCUGUCUGAUGGUUCCAUUUCAGAUAGAGACUUGCUGUUUUGUACAGGUACGGUUGAAUCAUGCACAGGCGUAGACAACAGUGACUCUCGUCCUGUCGUGACUCUUAGCUCUGGAUUUCAGGUCAUGUGUGACACAGUGACAGACGGUGGAGGAUGGACCAUUUUCCAAAGACGUGUUUCUGGGACAGUAGAUUUUUACAGGAACUGGACCGAAUACAAAAAUGGAUUUGGUGAUUUUAGUUCAGGUAAUUUUUACCUGGGCAAUGAGAACAUCUAUCUCUUAACGUCCAAAAACAAAACAGAACUGAGAGUUGAUAUGAUCUUCAGAGGAACAAAUUAUUUUGCAAAGUAUUCCAGCUUUAACAUUUCCAGCGAGGCAGACGGCUAUAGGUUACAUGUCAAUGGCUGCACUGGAAAUACCGUGGACAGGCUAGCUGCACAUAAUGGUAUGAUGUUCUCAACAUUUGACCGCGAUAAUGACGCAAUGAAUGGGGUUAACUGUGCAGUUUCCUAUCGCGGAGGUUGGUGGUUUAACAAUUGCGUGUACGCUUAUCUUAACGCUGUUUGGGGUACACUCAAUGUAUACUGGAGUCCCCAGCAAAAUGCAACAUUCAGUGAAAUGAAAUUCAGAGCAGUUUAA